AUGCUCUCGGCCAUCCACAUCACCCCCAACGCGUCGCAUGUCGAAUACCUAGAUCCAGUUCCAACGUUACUCGACCUCCUUUCGAACCACCUGAUUCUCGCGCAAACUGCACCUUACCUGUCUGCUUCCACACGCCUGAACCUCGCUUCGACAAGUCACGACUUCCGCGGGCUUGUUCUUCACACGCCCGGCGUGUUCCGCCACCUCGACCUCACCCACACUCGCGCUGCCCAACUUGACAUCGCUCCAGUCGACCGCGGCGGCGAGACCUGGCGCAACGUCCAACUUGACGAGAAUCUGACCGAGGAUGAGUUCUACUCAGGUCCCUUACGUGGCAUAUUCAGCCGCCUCCGCUACCACAACCUCCUCGCCGAUGUUCAGACUCUGAUCCUCGACACCCUACCCGUGACAGCCGAGCUUUGCCACGAGCUGAUCCUCGAUCCAUAUUACAACAUCCGAUUGCUCUCGCUGCGUGGGAGCAAGCAUCUCAACGAGCGGCAGCUCUGUCGCACUCUCCAAUAUGCAUGCCGUCCUACGCGUCCGGAGAAUACUCCACGCCUCAAAGCCCUCUACAUCUUUGGUGCGCCGGACAUGGCACAUGCUCCUGAUGAUUGGCAUAAUCGGAAGGGCAGGAUGAUUGCCCGAGCGCCGCUCGACGAAUGGGCUGCCACGCUUGUUGAUUGCCGUGGUAUCAUUGCCUUUGAUGCCCUGCCAUGCAAUGGCCCGCGUCACAUCAGCUCCCCUGCAUAUGGCAAGGUUCCUGCUUCCCAUCUUGUGACUGCACCAGGUUCGCGGGACUCUCGGCCUCAGUGGGCUGUUGCGACACAUGCCGUCCCUGGUUGUGCAGGUUGCGGUGCUGCUCCGGAGGGAGUCACUACUCAUGCCUGCACGCCACCCUCACUUCUGCCCCUCUUGGCGCCGCCUCCCCUCCUCUCGUCCUCCAUCAAAGCAGCAACGGUUCCUUGCUCACCCUCUACGUCCUCCGGCUUCGUUGCAAGAUGUGCCGACUGCCUUCGCGAUCGGUACUGCAACAGUUGCAACAAAUGGUGGUGCGAGGAAUGUUACGUGCCACCGACAGCGCCUGCAAGUCCCGGCCCUGUCAACCUUGCCGCCGCCGAUGUGGUUAUUGUCAGUCCUGAAGGCGAUGCUUGGGUCCAGCAACACGAGGACGAAGACCAUCGUACCUCACACGCCAAAUCGAAGGGACGCAUCAUCAAGAGCUGUUGGGAAUGUGGUAGUAAUUGCCACGACUGCAUCGAGCAGACCCAGCGAUUUUGCCGUGGAUGCUGCGGCGGUUACUGCAUCAUCCAUAACGAAGGAUCGACAGCUCAUUUGUGCGACUGGUGUUCCAGCCGCGGUCGCUUCCUCCGUCACCUCUAA